AUGGUCAAGACCAACCUCUCCAUCGCCGCAUCCCUGCUGAUGCUGGUGACGACCGCCUUCGGCGCGUGCAACACCAUCAGCUACACUAGCUGCGCCGACAACAUCGUCCACUGGUACGAUCCAACUAAUGGCGAAGUCUGUGAUCCGCUCGACUGCGGCGGUGGCCGCGCUCCUGUCAAGUACGACGUCCCCUGCUGCGCUGCCUAUAGGGGCACGGAACCCUGCGUAUCCACGACCUCCACUCUCUCCUGCUGGAAACCUUCCUCCGUCUCUGCCUCUGGGACAAUUGCGUCCGCUAGCUCUGCCAAAACUACGUCGGACACUUCUGUGACCGAUACUAGUGUUGCACCUUCUACUGGCGCGACGGCGACGAAUUCCUCGCACAGUACCUCCGGCAGCACCACUGCUCCUUCGACUACGAAGGCUCCAACUCAGUCAACAAGCUCAGCGACUUCCAAUAUUGGCACGACUCCUACGAGUGGUUCUAACCAGCCGAUCUCGACCAAUAUUGCGGGUGGCUGUGCUGGUUCAUUAAUGGCUAUUGCUGGAGCAGCGAUUGGUGCUAUUGCUCUAGUUUAG